AUGCCGCUGAAGCCGACCGCGAGCUUUACUGCCCGUACCUUCAAGCCAACUCUACAGGUCCGGUUCAGGGCGAGCGUUGUCAACGGCACUCCACGCUCCCCAUCCCCACGAGUCGUCCGAACCACCAAGCCAUCCUACGAGCCGGCGACGUUCACGAUCAAGGAUGGACCGAUCUUCCACGGCAAGAGCUUUGGCGCGAAGGCGAACAUCAGCGGUGAAGCUGUGUUCACGACCUCUCUUGUGGGAUACCCAGAGUCCAUGACCGACCCGUCGUACCGCGGACAGAUUCUGGUCUUCACGCAGCCAUUGAUCGGCAACUAUGGUGUUCCGUCGAUGGCGAGGGACGACUAUGGACUGCUGAAGUACUUUGAGAGCCCGAACAUUCAGGCCUGCGGUGUGGUGGUGGCAGACGUGGCUUUGCAGUACUCGCACUGGACGGCCGUGGAGAGUCUGUCGGACUGGUGUGCUCGUGAGGGCGUGCCUGCAAUUACUGGAGUGGACACUCGCGCCAUCGUUACCCACCUUCGAGAGCAGGGUUCUUCGCUCGGCAAGAUCACGGUCGGCGAGGAAUACGACGCAGACGAAGACGAAGCAUACGAAGACCCCGCCAGCAUCAAUCUCGUCAAGAAGGUAUCGACCAAGGCGCCCUUCCACGUUCCGUCACCCAAUGGAGACGCCCACAUCGCCCUCAUCGACUGCGGCGUCAAGGAGAACAUCAUCCGCAGCAUCGUCUCCCGCGGCGCCAGCGUCACCUGCCUCCCCUUCGACUACCCCAUCCACAAGUCCGCCCACCACUUCGACGGCGUCUUCAUCUCCAACGGCCCGGGCGACCCCACGCACUGCCGCGCCACCUCCGACAACCUCCGCAAGCUCAUGGACAGCAGCCAGAUCCCCAUCAUGGGCAUCUGCCUCGGCCACCAACUCGUCGCCAUCGCCGUCGGCGCUUCAACUACGAAGAUGAAGUACGGCAACCGCGCGCACAAUAUCCCCGCUCUCGAUUUAAGUACGGGGAAAUGCCACAUCACUUCGCAGAACCACGGGUACGCCGUCGACCCCGCCACGCUCCCGAACGAUUUCAAGGAGUACUUCACCAACCUCAACGACGGGAGCAAUGAAGGCCUGAUCCACAAGUCCCGCCCGAUCUUCUCUACGCAGUUCCAUCCCGAAGCCAAGGGCGGACCGCUGGACUCGAGUUAUCUGUUCGAUGGGUACUUGAAGAGUGUGAAGGCGUACAAGGAGACGCAGGAUACGUUGCGCGGCGGCGGGAGGGAUAAUAAACCCAGUGGGUUGUUGGUGGAUUUGCUUGCGAAGGAGAGGGUGGGGGUUGCGCCGGAUGGGGUCAGGGUGGUGAUGUGA